AUGGCGGACAAGGAGGCUACUGUGUAUAUUGUUGAUGUCGGCAAAUCUAUGGGUGAAUGCCAUAAUGGCAGGUCGAUAUCAGACCUUGAUUGGGCUAUGCGGUAUAUAUGGGACAAGAUAACAACCACGGUUGCUACGGGCAGGAAAACGGCGACACUUGGAGUAAUUGGCCUCAAAACUGAUGGUAGAUUGUCUUCUCCGAUAUACUCCAAUAAUCCAUUAUGGGAGAAAGAUGAAGAGGAAAGCUAUGCCAACAUCUCCGUUUUCCAAGACAUAAGCCAGAUUCUCAUGCCCCAAAUUCGCGAGCUGCGUGAAUUGAUCAAACCUAGCCAUACGUUAGAAGGCGAUGAUGGAAUGGGUGCUAUGGAUAUAGACGGGAUCGAUGGAAUUGUGAGCAAAAUAAACGAAGAAAAUAUUGAGCUUGUCAUACUUGGUGUUGAUUUUGAUGAUCCGGAGUAUGGGUUCAAAGAAGAAGAUAAGGAGCCAUUGAAGGCCAAAAAUGAGAGCCAUCUGAAACAGCUUGUCGAGGAUUGCGAGGGUAUAUUCGGUACCUUGGAACAUGCAAUAUCCGAGAUGGAGAUACCUCGAACGAAAGUUGUACGGUCGAUGCCUACUUUCAAAGGUGACUUAAGACUAGGGGAUCCGGACCAAUAUUCAUCUGCCCUAACUAUCCAGGUGGAAAGAUACUAUCGAACCUAUGCGGCUCGGCCGCCUCCAGCAAGUUCAUUUGUUUCCUCAUCUGCGUUAUCAGAAGGACAAGAGACCGCUCAGUCGUCAGCUACUCUAGCGGCCAAGGAGCCUAGCCAGGAACGAGGGGCUGGAGCUGCUUCCUUAACCGCUGUGAGAAACGCUCGGACGUAUCAGGUGGAUGACAAAGGAGCUGCGGGAGGUAAGCGAGACGUGGCACGAGAUGAACUUGCCAAAGGUUACGAGUAUGGACGCACUGCCGUGCAUAUCACCGAGUCAGAUGAAAACAUCACCAAACUGGAAACGGAAGCUGCUUUGGAGUUUAUAGGAUUCAUCCCAAGUGAUAACUACGACCGCUAUAUGAACAUGUCAACAUCCAAUAUUAUCAUUGCGCAAAAGACGAAUAAUAAAGCUAUCCUUGCACUUUCGUCGAUAAUUCACGCCUUGUUCGAACUUGAAUGUUAUGCUGUGGCAAGGCUGGUUCCAAAAGCUGGAAAAUCUCCACUGGUAGUUCUCCUUGCACCUUCGAUAGAGCCUGAUUAUGAGUGUUUCCUCGAGGUGCAAUUGCCUUUUGCAGAAGACAUGCGCUCCUACCGUUUCCCGCCGUUGGAUAAAGUCGUCACAAUUUCGGGGAAAACGGUGACUGAACAUCGGAACCUCCCGAGUGAUUCCUUGCUUUCCAGGAUGGCCGAGUAUGUCGAUAGCUUGGAGCUCACUGAAAAAGAUGAAGAUGGAGAAACCAUCGAGUCUAUGUUAAUAGAAAAUUCUUUUUCGCCCCUUUUGCAUCGGAUCGACCAUGCCAUUCGGUGGCGUGCGGUCCACCCCUCUGAGCCUCUCCCUCCGGUGCCCGAGAUCCUUCAGAAAUUAUCACGUCAGCCGGAGGACCUACAAGCUCAGAGCGAAAAUUCCCUUGCUAAUCUCAUAGCAACCUCCGAUGUUAAAAAGGUCCCCCCUAAGGCUAAAGGCCGUAAACGCGACCGAGAAAUAGACAAACCGCUCUCGGGCUUAAACGUCCAAGAGCUUCUCCAGACAGAAAAACGUGUCAAGAUCUCUCCUGAUAACGCCAUACCUGAAUUCAAGCAAUCGUUGGUUAGUUCACAGGAUAUCGACGCGGUCAAGGAUGCUGUGAAACAAAUGUCUUCCAUAAUCGAGAGCCAAAUCAGACACAGUUUGGGCGAUGCCAACUAUGAUCGGGCUAUCGAAGGCUUGGGAACCAUGAAAGAGGAACUAGUUGCCUUUGAGGAGCCAGCCCUCUAUAAUGACUUCAUCCGCAACCUGAAAACGAAGCUACUAGGGAAUGACCUUGGUGGAGAUAGGCGCGAAAUGUGGUGGUAUAUAAGGAAAAAUAGGCUCGGGUUGAUUGAUAAGAGGCUCUCCGAGCUUUCCGACGUGACGGAGGAAGAAGCUCGGGCGCAAUGGAUAGGGCGGUGGCGCAAGUUCGCAUGA